UGUUUGACGUUUUUAACCUAUUUCUUUCAAAAUGGCUCCCACCCGGAGUAUCAUCGGGUUUUUAAAUCCAAAAACCCUUACCGCGGUGUUUAGUAAUAAUAUUAACAAAACUACGUGUCGGUUCGUCCAUAAAUGUAAUAAAUGUGAAAAAUUUCUUGGAGGGCCUGCAAUUGCUAUUGCAUCAUUAGUGCACAAUAAAUUCAAUUAUAACACGGGGACUGAUAGACAUCGAUAUAUUCACACCACCGACUGGCUGGCCGCUCGCGUCGAUUACUACAAGGUGCUGGGAGUUUCAAAGAAUGCCUCUGCUAAAGAUGUGAAGAAGGCAUAUUAUCAACUUGCGAAGAAAUAUCAUCCAGAUGCAAAUAAAUCUGAUCCCGAGGCCUCUAAAAAGUUCCAGGAAGUAUCGGAAGCUUAUGAGAUUCUCUCUGACGAGAACAAGCGUAAGCAGUAUGACACCUUCGGCACAACAUCAGAGCAGAUGGGCAUGGGCGGUGCUCCGGGUGGGGCUGACGGGUUCACCCACCAGUGGCAGUACAAGGCCACCAUAGACCCUGAGGAGCUGUUCAGGAAAAUAUUUGGAGAUGCUGGUUUCAAGAGUGAAUCAUUUAGUGAUUUUGCCGAGAGUCAGUUUGGCUUUGGUGCUGCUCAGGAAGUCAUAGUAAAUCUCCGCUUCACGGAGGCUGCUCGUGGCGUGAAUAAAGAUGUGAACGUGAACAUAGUUGACACAUGCCCAAAGUGCCAAGGCUCCCGUGCCGAGCCCGGCACUAAGGCCAUCAAGUGCACAUACUGCAACGGUACAGGGAUGGAGACAUUCUCACGAGGGCCAUUCGUGAUGCGCUCCACAUGCCGGCACUGUCACGGGACCCGCAUGUUGAUCAAAUUUCCCUGCAUCGAGUGUGAAGGAAAAGGCCAAUCGGUGCAACGCAAGAAAGUAACAGUCCCAGUGCCGGCGGGCGUGGAGGACGGGCAGACGGUGCGCAUGGCGGUCGGCAACUCGGAGAUAUUCGUCACUUUCAAGGUGGAGGCCUCCAAGUACUUCCGCCGCGACGGACCCGACGUGCACUCCGAUUGUACGAUUUCCAUAUGCCAAGCCUUAUUGGGUGGCACAGUCCGGAUACAGGGCCUCUAUGAAGACCAUACCCUCCAGAUAUUGCCAGGCACUUCGUCGCACAGGCUGAUCAGGCUGUCGGGGAAAGGCAUGAAGCUAGUCAGCAAGCACGGCUACGGAGACCAUUACGUCCACAUCAAGAUAAAGGUCCCCGCAACUUUGAACGAGAAGCAAAAGGCGCUCAUUUACGCGUACGCCGAACUAGAAGAAGACACACCCGGCCAAAUCCUAGGUGUCUCGUAUGACAGAGAUGGCAAGAAGGUGUCCGUAGCAGACAACCAAAACCUCACGGAUGCCGUCAAAGAAGCCCUUAAAGACAAGAAGACCAAUGAAGCCGAAGCACCGAAGGCAGAUGGCGCGACCGAAGCGACGGAAGACCUCAAAGAAUCUAAAAGGAGUAAAGCGUAGUAGACUUCUCGUGUAGGACUUUGAUCUAGCUGCGAUACAUCAGGGGAAAAUAAUAUUAUGAAAGAACUGUUGAAACUCAUAAAACAUAUCCGUGCAUGAGCACGCGUGCACGAAUAUGCGUGCGUGUAUUUGGUCACAAAAGUAUCUAGUCUAAGGACCAUGGGCAACUUUGUAUGGAGCCUGCUCUCAAAACCAACAGAGUUGAGAGUUAGGUCAUUAGAUAGGUAUUUCUAUGUACUUCAUUUUGUUCUAUGGACACCAAGCGGAAUUCCAUUGCAGAACUGAGAUAUUUGUAUUUUAGCCAAAAUGUCGUCACCCUUAUUACCUAGGCAACAGAGUCCAGGUAAGUAAAUUCAAGGCAAACCAUUCGCCGCUCGCCCGGCGGUGCGCGAACAUCUACCCUGCAACAAUUAAUUUACUUACCUGGACUCUGUUGCCUAGGUAAUAAUGGUGACGACAUUUUGGCUAAAAUACAAAUAUCUCAGUUCUGCAAUGUAAUUCCGCUUGGUGUCCAUAGAACAAAAUGAAGUACAUAGAAAUACCUACCUAAUGACCUAACUCUCAACUCUGUUGGUUUUGGGGCCAUUUUGACGCACAGUCCUUUAUCUAGCACGUUAAUUAAGUUACUUGUUAUGAAGUAUGACAUAUAUUUAUGUAUGGAUUCAUCACUUGAAGACUAUUCGACCGCUACUAAUUUGUAUGACCUAAAUAUUAGGCCAGCAACAAAAAUAUUCAAGUCAUUUCCUAUUACAUAUACCUUUGUAUCGUAGCUAGUCUUAAUGAAUUGCCAUUGGCUCUAACACAACUGGCGUAAAAUAAAAACCCGGUUCUUUCACACUACUUGUAUUUAGUAAACGAGAGAAUCUGAUUACGUGGCCUCGUUUGAGUUGUGACUUGAAAGCCAGUUGUGAUGCCCUGCACACAACAAUGGGCCUGAAGGCUUAAAAAUUAAAUCUAUGUUUGCUUCCUUAUAGGGGCAUUCCACGAGAAUGUCCCUUACGAAAUGCUUUUGCCUUGUAUGGCAGCUAAUUCAAUCAAAUCCGUAAAGCUCGAGAAUAUACUGCCCAUUUGUUAGCAAAGUCAUGAAAUAUUACCAGACCCAAUAUAAUUUUCUCAGCCUUUUCAGAACUAUUAGAAGAACGGCGUUUCGUAAGGGACAGAAUGCACCUAUAGCAGAAAUAAUUCCAAUAUUUGAUAUCAUAAAUUCCUAUAAAUUGACUGACAUACGAAAUUACGGAUUUAAAUGUUCAUUCUGGUAUGUUAGCAUUCUGUUUUUGUUUAGAUUUGCAUCUUUUACAUAUGAUUUUGUCAUACACAAUUUCUGAAGGUACAGUUCUGUGAUACGAUAGAUAGCAAUAAUUUAAAUUUAUUUCUUACAGCUUAGAACAUAUUUUUGUUUGAAACUUCAUCGGUCUUAUUGAUUCCAAACAUUUUCAUUCACUAGAGAUAAACUCAUGUGUAAAGUGUCUUAGAUAUUUAACGCUAUAUAGCGAAGGCUAUGGAAUAGUAAUCAAAGCUGUAAAUAGCAGUUGACUAGUUUGUAGGUUGGUAAUUAAAAUUACAAGAUAAUAA